AUGACACAACCAACAUCCGUCGAUAUGACCUUUGACACUUCGCUUGUCGAUGUCAAUCCGCCCAUCAACGCCAACGCGUCGUUCUCAACUACCGAAUCAGAUUCAACAUUAGAUGUUCAACAAACAUCCAAGCAGACUUCAACUUCAAACAAGCCUUCAAACACAGUCCAACACAUCCCCACCCAAGCUGCCUACGACCAAUGGGCUUCCAUCUAUGACACCGAUGGCAACAUGCUGCAAGCGAUCGAUGAUCUGGAGCUUCGAACACUUCUCCCGCAAUUUUUAUCCCAGGUCAAGGAUAGCAGUGCGACUGAAAGAGAGGUUCGUAUCCUUGAUCUAGGUUGUGGCACGGGACGAAAUACCGAGAAGCUUGUACGGUAUGAUUGGGAUGGAAAGAGCAUGCAAGUAACUGGCCUGGAUUUCUCGCAGGGCAUGCUGAAUGUCGCUGCUAAGAAGCUUGCUCCGUUGACUGAGGGUCAGGAAAGGGUACGAUUAAGGUUGGAGUGCUGCGACUGCUUCCCUACUGUCAAUGAUUCAUCGACUUCCCCAUUGCCUGCUGUCCAAGGCCUACAGCCAAGCCAUGCAGUCAUCUCUACCCUGGUCUUGGAGCACAUUCCGCUGAAGAACUACUUUGCCACGCUGGUUACGUUGCUCUUACCAGGCGGUACGGCGCUGGUUACCAACAUGCACGCCGAUAUGGGACGUGUCAGUCAAGCCGGGUUCGUCAACGCAGACGGUGUCAAAGUCAGAGGAAGUAGCUACGUUUACACGGUGGAAGAGACUGCUGUGGUAGCCAAAGCAGCUGGGCUUGAGGUGCUGAGUGUAAAUGAGCGAGAGAUGAGAAAGGAGGAUGUUGAGGGUGGCGCUGUGGGCGAGAGAGGGUGGAAGUGGGUUGGUACGAAAGUUUGGUACGGGAUGGUUCUGAAGAGGGUCUUGUGA